ACUAGAGUGCGCGUCGAGCUGUGUGGACGACUACUGGGCCUUGAGGAGGAGCAGGUCCAGUCAGCUGAUGUGAUGGUGGGUAGACGGGGUCCUCGGCAGAGCUACACCUACUAGCUUUCUAAUUCUAAGUGUUUUUGUGGUGCUACAUGAUUCAUUGAACCUUCAGUAAGCGUUUGAAUAUCUGAAGUGGGCAGUGAACGCCAAUAUGAGUGGGUUUGAUGAGAUUUUAGGCACUAAAAUUGCGGUACGGAAGAGAACUUUAAGAAGCAGCACCAUUGACAAGGACUUGACUAUGGAUGAUGAUGAUGCCAUGUUAGAAACCGACUUGUUUCCCGAGUUUAGUAAGUUAUUAGACGACGAUGUCCCGUGCGACGACGAGAGCGUGGGCUGCCCGCUUCCUGGCACUCCGGAAGAUGAUUCCUUCAUCGACUCGAAGGAGGAAGAGGAGUUAAGGCACAGAGUUGUUAACCGGGAAAGUCACGAUGAUGACCUGGUGCUCAGUUCCAUGGCCCAGAGUGCCUUUGAGACGGCCGAGGAGUUGGUCCACAAGGUGUGGGAGGAGGUAGCCAGCUGGAAGACUCAACCUUUCUCAAAAUUACCCAAGUGGCUCCAAGACAACGACUAUUUACAUCACUGGCACAGGCCACCACUUCCAUCAUUUGCUGCGUGUUUUAAGUCCAUAUUCCGAAUUCACACAGAGACCGGGAACAUCUGGACACAUCUUUUAGGAUGCAUAUCGUUCAUCGGGGUGAUGGUGUAUUUCUUAACGGGGUCAUCUCUAGGCCAACAUUGGGUACACCUCGAUUUGAAGGAGAAGUUGGUGUUCACAGCAUUCUUCAUUGGGGCUAUCUUCUGCCUUGGCCUCUCCUUCAUGUUUCACACGGUCUCCUGCCACUCGGAGUUUGUGGGCAAACUCUUCAGCAAACUCGACUAUUGUGGGAUUGCAUUAUUAAUAAUGGGUUCGUUCGUGCCCUGGUUAUAUUAUGGGUUUUACUGUGACUUCCAGCCUAAGAUCAUCUACUUAACAGCUGUUGUACUGCUGGGCAUCACUACCAUUGUUGUCUCACUCUGGGAGAAAUUUAGUACCCCAAAGUUCAGGCCUCUACGUGCAGGUGUGUUCCUGACUUUUGGACUGUCCGGGAUCAUACCAGCUGUGCACUACACGCUCAUGGAAGGCUUUGAUUACGCCAUCACACGUGCCUCUCUGGGUUGGUUGAUCCUCAUGGGGGCGCUCUACGUGGUUGGUGCAUUAUUGUAUGCAGUACGGGUCCCGGAGAGAUUUUUCCCCGGCAAAUGUGAUCUCUGGUUCCAAAGUCACCAGAUCUUCCACAUCUUGGUGAUAGCUGCAGCCUUCGUCCACUACCAUGGGAUUUCUGAGAUGGCCAUGUACCGUCUCACCCAUGGAGAUUGUUCUGUGGAAGACCUGGCAGCGAUGGAAAAUCAGGAUCUCCUUUAAACUUUGUAAUAUGACGUUAGAUAUGAGUGUGGUCUAGUUUGUUGUGUGCUUUGUAGGCAGUUGCUGGAAUCAGGUGUGAAGUGCUUGGUGGCAUGCCAGUGGUGACCUUGCCCCUGGUGUAUGGACAGACCACUAGUGGACAGAAGGUGUCGCGUUCUGUGUAAAUUAGACUCGUCGAGAAGUUGACACGCCUGAGAGAUAAUCACUUGAAUCAUUUCAUUAGCUUAUAGUUUGUGAAGAAAUAUUUGUUUCCCGAAUUAAUGGAAGUCUUAAUACUGAUUGUGCAGAUACUGUAGUGUACUGUAAAGUGAUCAUGUAGAUUGUGUUGAAACAGUCACGUGGUUAAAUAGCAUUUUGCGAGUUCUUUGGUGGGGAAAAGUUGGUUAAUUCUGUUAUUUCUUCCAGUCAUGCCAGAUUUAACUUCAGCUUUUCCAUGUGAUAUUUGACAGUUUUGAUGUAAUGCGUUAUUUAAAACUCCAAAUGCUAUGAUUUGAUUUAAAUAAAUUCUCUCUGGAAUACAGUAUUUCAAUAUUAUUACUUUGAUACAUACCAUAAUGGUUCCUCUUAUUGCUGUAUUGGGCUACCACACUACAAAAAUUAAUAAACUUGUAUAUAGGUAUGUUUUUAAGUAACAGACGUUGACAUUAUUCAUAACUGUCCUGACUUAGUGGUAAUUGUCUUCAUUGUGAAGUCAUGAAUGAUGUGAAUGCUAAACCAAUACUUUAAUCAGUAAAACAGUGUAGUAAUAAUGUCAGUUGGAUGAAUGCUCGUGUUAAUCUGCAUAUUUAUUAGAUGAUUUUGUUUUUGGCACCAGCAAUGCCCUUCUACCAUCUCCAGUGACCUCCUCUGCCAUACACAACAUUAAUCAAGCGGUGUUUUAGCUCAAUUGAUCAUCCUUUAAACUCCCAGUCCAAGAGGUAUGGAUGGGGAUUUUAGUCUGGUGUGCCCCGAGACAAUUACUCAAAAUGUCAGCACCCCAGUCUAAACUGUGUAUUCUCCCAUGGGAGUUGCCACCCCAACUAAUAAUGAAUGAGAAACAGCUUUAUGGAUGCUAGCUUUGUUUACAACCUUAGCUAUCGACUUGGCAUUUGUCUGAGCCACAUCUAGCAGAACUUGGCCUGAUGCUGCCAUGUCAAGUGAAUUUUUUGGGCCAUACCCAUUUUCUCUGAGCCAUCACACUAACUCUUGAUUAUGAUACCAGACUGCCCUUAAGCAUAUGUUUGUAGCCAAACUAUCACCUACACUCUCCUAUCCUUAAUUAUACUGGACAAGUAACAAAAUGUUCUACUUGGGUAUGCUAUAGCCACAUCAAUAAGUAAUGACUGCGAGUGUCAUUUAAGGCUUAAUAAGUUUUUGGUGUUUCAUGGAUUUUAUUGUUUGCUUAAUGUUUAUACUGUACAAUGGAGAUUGAGCUCCUUAUGGCUAUAGGAGUGAUCAAAUAAUGUGAUAUCGUGACAAAACUGUGUACGUGUUUUGAGUCCAGGUGAGAUUUGUGUAUGUAAACAUGUAUUGGGAAAGGACAAAUGAAUACAGUGUAACCAAAAUAGGAAAAAAAAUUUUAUAUGCCCACUAAUGCAGUCAUACAGCUUGUGACAAUUUGUCACUAUUGUCAUCUCAAACUUUCACUUCAAUUUUGUGUGACUUAAAAUUUUGGAGAAUGUUUCAUACAGAUAAAAAACAGAUGAAGUUCAUUUUUGAGGAUUCUAACAUUAACGAUUCCACGAAUGAAUGUAUUGUACUAUAUAGGCAGGGCCAUUUUAUUUUACUGAAGUAUGUCAUUCCAUGCACACUCAUGAAUUUGUUUUAUUAUGGUCAUGAGUAAGUCAUUGUUGGCAUAAACCUUUGUUAGUUUUGGGAUCAAGGGAGGUAACCUUAGUGGUGUCAAAGGUAGUUAAAUGUCACUGCUUUAAGUUUUAUAGCAAGGAAAAUUACAUAAGAGUUUAGGAUGAAGUAGAUAUGUCAUCACUGUUUGGGGGGGGGGGGUGCAUUAAGUACAGGGUUUGUGGACUAUUGAAUCAUUCAAAAGGUAAAAUUAGAUGUACAAAAAGAGUUGGCACAAGAAAUUAAUCAGUUUAGAUUAAUUCAACUCGAUGGUCACUACACAUCUGGGUGAUAUCAGUGUAUUAUAUUACAUUUCCAUCUUCAGAUUUAUUAAAAUCAUGUCAUAAUCUCCAGAAUGUCAUCUCGAUUGUUGCUUUCUUCCAUGUUUGUGUCUUUGAUCUUGCUUUUAUCUGUCUGUAGUGUGUAGGCAUUCCUAGUUCCUUCCCACUGUUGUAUGGGCUGGAUCUAGGGUUCCAGAAACAUAAAAGAAGGGAAGAUAGGAUAUACAGGGUUUGUCUCCCCCCAGAAAUGUAUACACACUGAAUAAUGAUUAUAUAUACUUCUCAUUAAGUGUGUGUACUGCACUGUACUAUACUAAUGAAUUAAAAAUACAUAAUGAAUAAUUCUGAGGACAAUGCAUUUAACUAUGCUCUAUCAGAAUUAAUAUUUUUUUUGUUUAGUGUAUGCUGUAGUAUAUAUUUUUUUCAUAAAUACAGUAUUAUAAUUCAAUGUGUAAUUUUUUUGAGACAUUACUUGAUAAGUUUUGAAAGCAACAGAAAGGGUUUGAAGUAUGUAGUUGCCUCAUACAUAUCAUUUUAUUCUUAACAAGUCACUUUUAUGGAGUUUUUAAAGUUCAUAAAGUAACCUAGGUGCUGAUUAAUUAUGUCUACAAGUCAGACUUUCAUUACAAUAUUUGCCUUGUAAUGAAGAUUCUGUGGACAGUGAAGUCUUGCUGUAGGCCAAUAUUAAAUCUGUUUUUACUUCUGUACAUCAUGAUAUCGAAUAAUUGCUUUAUUUAAAUAGUCUAAUACAAAAUAUUUUUAAUUUAUCCAUAAUCAGAUAUCAACUGUUUUUGAUACCAUCCUUUGAUGUGUUGAACAUCAAGUUUUUGUUCUGUUUGAACAUUGCCUCACAUCAAAUAUUUACCGUGUACUGUAUAUAACAUAAUCUAGGUACACACUAUUAAAUUGCAUUACCUGCUGAAAAACUGGUAUGGAACUGCUAAAACUUUUUUUUCCCGGUAAUAUAAGACUAAAGUAAACGGUAAAUGUGUGUGGAAAGUGUGAGGUUGCCACAAGAUUCCUCAUAUACAGUAACUACCUUGGACUUCAUUUUAAUUAUUUGGUUCACCAGUCAAAGGAUUUAUUAUUUUGUUUGUUUAGUUAAAUUCAUUUCCUAAAUUUUUAUGCUGUAAAUAUUUUUUUUCUGAAAUUCUGGAAGUGCUUGUUGAGAUAUUGUGAUGAAAAACAUCCAGGAAAUAUGGAGUUUAACAUUAUGCAUUGGAACACUGCAGGAAAGAAGGAUUUUUUUAUUUUGGAAUAAUUUAGCCGUCCUUUGUUAUGAUGGUGUUGAAAUUAUGUCCGUCUCCAUGAACAGUCCACCAGCCGUAGUUACCAGCCACUCGUGCUUCCACCCACUAUUAUUCAGAGUCUUUAUCUGUCCACAUAACUGCCACCAUUUUUGGAGUAUUUACAGCAUUCCUUUGGCUGUUUGUUGGUGACAGCACACUCAUAGGAUUGCAGUCAUAAUAAUGACCUGUCAAAUUUUGCCUCCAUAGCCGUGCUACCACUUAAGUUAUUUGUCACCUGUGGUGGCAACUUGUGUUGGACGAAGGGUAUAUUGACAACCAAGUGAUAAUCACCAUUUUAUGCUGCAUGUGUUCUUGUAUGAUUUAAUUUAAUUUUAUUUUUCCUUCUUUAGUUUAGUCAUCUAAAUCUGUUUGUGGAAGACUUUUUUAUGAAUUUAACUUUUUUUUUUAUAGAAAGAUAAUUUUUUUCCCCUGUGGUUGAUGAAAGGUGGUGUCAUUAUCAGUUCAGUAAUACUAUGGACAGACGGUCAUUUGAUAUUAUAAAACGCUGCAUAAAGGCAUUUAUUUUUCAAGUUUGUACUUGAA